CGCUUCGCGCUGAUGUUUCUGAAGUUUGCUAUUUCAUGUGGCCAGCGCAUAUGGCUGCCUCACCCCGCAGCAUUUUGAUCGGCGCCAUUACUCUGAUGCGUGUCUGUUUUGGUGAAUCAUAAUAACGUGGCGCAUGAAAACAAACUGCUCCUUUCGGCGUUAAGGUUUAGGGGCCGGAGCCCUGUGUAGCUUAGUUCUUUCCCUGUUCCACCACAAAUGAUUCAGCUUAACUGUUAUGUCGUAAUUAGCACAAGAAGUUGAAUCAGGGAAACCCAAAAAUGUGCAGGGCUCCGGCCCCCCAGGACUGGAGUCUGACACCUGUGGUUUAGAUCGUAUGGUUCUGCUUUACACUAUAUCUUGGUUUUGUCUAACUAUCUGUAAUUAUUUAAGCAAAUGUGUAACAGCUGUUAUAAUGAACCGUUUAAUCAUGUUUGUCUAUUUAUGUUUGCAUGCAUUUUAAAGUUUACUUCAGUUUCUGGCAAAUGUAGCAGUCAGCAUCGGAGAUAUCUAUAAAAGAAACAUUAACCAAGAUGGGGUGGAAAUGUAGCGUGUCACUUUAGUUGGCAAAAGAUUUACUUCAUCCUUCUCUUGACCUAGAGAGAAAACAACAUAAGAAAAAACGCCUGGUUCAAAGUCCCAAUUCUUACUUCAUGGAUGUUAAAUGCCCAGGCUGCUAUAAGAUCACAACAGUGUUCAGUCAUGCUCAGACAGUGGUCUUGUGUGUAGGCUGCUCUACUGUGCUCUGCCAGCCGACUGGUGGGAAAGCCAGGCUGACCGAGGGUUGCUCUUUCAGACGAAAGCAACACUGAAGACAUGUCAGUAAUGGAAUGAUUACAUCGUGAGAGAUACGAUGCACCCCACUGAUCAAAUGCCUUAAUUUUGGUUCCAAUGAAAUGAUUUUCAUAGACAGCAGGAUAUUUCUGCUAUGUUUACUGUAAUUAAAGCCAUGUUCUUUAUAAAUGCUUGAUUUAUUAAUUAAAAGCAAGAAACUUA